GCUGGUUCGGGCGGAGAAGUUCCGGUUUGACUCGGUGAUGAUGUCAGAGGAGCAGACUGUGUCUCUGGUCGAUGUUCUGGAGGAAGAUGAAGAGUUGGAGGAAGAAGCUUCAGCCGUGUUGGCAGGAAGUGACUCUGAUCACUGCUCAUACCCCGAGGGCUACGUGCAGCGGCAGGCUCUCUAUGCGUGUAACACGUGUUCUCCUCGGGGCGGAGAGCCAGCAGGCGUGUGCUUAGCGUGUUCAUAUAAAUGCCACGAAGGUCACGACCUCUUCGAGCUCUACACCAAGAGGAAUUUCCGCUGUGACUGUGGAAACAGGAAGUUCACAGAGCUGCAGUGUAAACUCUUUCCUGACAAAGACGAGCUCAACAGUCUCAACAAAUACAGCCACAACUUCUUUGGAGAGUACUGCACCUGCAGCCGGCCCUACCCGGAUCCAGAAGACCAGGUGGAGGAUGAAAUGAUUCAGUGUGUGGUGUGUGAGGAUUGGCUGCACGGCAGGCACCUGGGCUGUGAGGUUCCAGACUGUGUGGAGCUGCAGGAGAUGAUCUGUGAGUCCUGUAUGAAUAAAAACCCCUUCCUGUGGACCUUCGCCGCUCACCUGGCAGUUCCAGAUGAGUCAGCAGAAGAAGUGGUGAAGGAGGAAACGGCAGGAACAAAUGAGUCAAACGCGAACCAGAAUCAGUCUGAAGAGGUUGAUGAUGUCAUCGAGCCAAACUGUAAGCGCAGCCGUCAGGAGGCGGAGCCGAGCUGCAGACUGAAGGAGCUGCAGGCGACCGGCCAGAAAAGAGUCCAAUCAGGAGCCGUGUUCUGGCCUUCAGCGUGGCGCUCCAAACUCUGCUCCUGCAACACCUGCCAGGAGACGCUCUCUGAAGCCAGCCUGUCCUUCCUGCUCGAUGAAUCCGACACCGUCCUCGCCUACGAGAACAAAGGAAAGAACAGCGAACAGAGAACGCCGGGUCACGACCCUCUGAUGUCAGCGCUGGACAACCUGAACCGAGUGCAGCAGCUGGAGAUCAUCCACGGAUACAACGAUAUGAAAACUGAACUGAAGGACUUCCUGCAGAGAUUCGCAGCCGAGGGAAAGGUUGUGACUCCUGAUGACAUCCGCCAGUUCUUUGAGCAGCAAAGUCGCAAAAGAAGACAAGUCGAUGCCGGGCGCCUCUACUCCACCUGAUGACCUCUGACCUUUACAUCUACUCCACCUAAUGACCUCUGACCUUUACAUCUACUCCACCUGAUGACCUCUGACCUUUACAUCUACUCCACCUGAUGACCUCUGACCUUUACAUCUACUCCACCUGAUGACCUCUGACCUUUACAUCAACUCCACCUGAUGACCUCUGACCUUUACAGUGCGCCCAGUGACCUUUGACUUUCGGACCUUU